AUGGUCUUGGCUCAGGUACAGAAGGAGGAGUCUGGGUUCAUGAAGAUGUCGAUGUCUUCAGCGUUCGCAGCCCGGAGGUUGAUGGCAGCGGCCUCAGCGGGACAUGAGGGCGCAGUUUUUUUCGCAGCGCGCACGUGGAAGAUCCUGUCCUUCGUGCUCGCGCUGCCGGGUGUCGCUGUGUGUAUGACCAAUGUCUACCUGAAGGGGGAGCACCACUCGGACGGGGAGUUCGUGCCCUACUCACACCUGCGCAUACGCACCAAGAAGUUCCCGUGGGGAGAUGGAAACCACUCUCUGUUCCAUAAUCCUCACACAAACCCUUUACCAGACGGAUACGAGGAGUCAGAGCACUGA